AUGAUUGACCAAGUCUUUUCCAUUUCAUUUUGUUUCAAGAGACGUCAAGGAAUGAAAAAGCGAACAUGUUCUGGACAUCGUAUUUGUGUUGUAUUGAUAUUGCUGAUUGGUUUGAUUGUUAUUGCUCAAAUGAUUUAUUCUGCCUAUCAAGUCAGCAGAACAAAAUCAUUUCUGGAUGAUUCAAUCAAAGAAAUGAAUCAAGAAAUUUAUCCAAAAGAAAUUUCUCUUUAUUUUCAACAUCUUCUCCAACAAUUCGAACAACUUGAUCAAUAUUCGACACAAACUAAUUCCAUUUUGAUCAAGGCAUCACAUUCGAUGUUCGUCAAAGCAUUUAACCAGAUUUUUCAAGAAAAAUAUUUUCUUGACGAAAUUCGACAAUCGGCAACUGGUAGCGUUGUACAUAUCCACGAAUUGAAUAUACUUAUUAAUCAAGAAACAAGUGUAUUACCAGAAACAAUUGCUCUUUUUCGAGAGAUCCAAAAUGAAAAUCAAAGAAUGAUUGAUGAUUUAAAACUACCAUUGCAAGAACUGUGUGAUUAUGCCAAUGGAUCUGAGCCAGAAAUCGACGACACCAUUUUCGAUGCAUUAAAUCUUGUUCAUCAACAAUUGAGAAAAUUGAUCGAUACAAUUCAAAAUGAUAUUCUUAGUCAUAUAACACCGUGGCAAAGUGCAAUGUUAAUGAAUAAGGAUUUAGAAGAUCGAGUUCGAUGGAAAAAGAAUCGACAAAAUGGUUGGAGAAGACAAUCUCAAUCAUCAACUGACCAGGAAGAAUCAGUGUCAAAUGUGCAAUCAUCUCAUUGUUCUCCAAGGGUAGUUCUCUGUUGGAUGCGAAUAGUCUUUACUCUAAUGAUGAUUAUGUUGAUUGUGCUUGUUCUUCUCACCGGUGCUUUGUAUGGUCUUGAUCUUGUUGCUCAAGGUACUUGUCGAACAGUUCACGAUGAUCAACCAUUUCUUGUUUCAUUUUUAACCGAUCAACUGCUUGGAACAAAUUCAAAUGACUUGAUUAUUGGUGAAUCAGAUGUACAAACAACAUUCACAACUAUGAUCGACGAUUGUCGGAAUCAAAUACAUUUUAGUCAACAUUUUCUAAAGUAUCAUUUGAGUCGUUUGGAAAACGGUACUGAUCAUGCGAUGAAUCAGCUAAAUGGCAAAAUCUUUGACAAAUUCAACGCUUCAAUUGUCGAUAUUGAUAUUGGAUCGGAUCGCGAUCGUCUUGCUAAAUUCUCUAUUGCGAUCAAUUCAACCGAUAUCCAAGGCACAGUACAGCAGAUCGAAGAUGAUUUGAAAACAAUCGAGACACAAUUCGAAAAGAUAACUGUUUCUGUUCCAACAUUACCGGCCAAUGUCGUCAAUCAAAUUGUCGAUGAUGUUAGUAUUCGAAACCUAUAG